AUGUCAAAUGAUCAGAACGUUACACCACGGAAACCAGGCGAUGCUAUUAUGCAAGGAUGGCUCUCGAAGCGUGGUGAACAUAUAAGGAAUUGGCGUCCCAGGUAUUUUUUUCUUUAUCGAGAUGGAGCUUUGCUAGGUUUUAAGUUGGAUCCGAGGCCUUGUGAAUAUCUCCCGUGGCCACCUGAAAAUGAUUUCAAAAUUAGUCAUGUACAGAUCCUAAGAUCAAGCAAGAGGCCAUCUGGUUUCAGUGUUCGGUGUAUGCAAUGUGCAGCAAAUGAAAUGAUUAUCAGAAGGUUUUGCGCAAAUAAUGUUGAGGAUCGAGAUAGAUGGAUCAAUGCGAUGACGGGGCUCGACUCUUUUGACUUCUUGAAAGUGUUGGGUAGAGGAACUUUCGGGAAAGUUAUUUUAUGUCGUGAGAAAAAAACACAGAAGUUGUAUGCUCUCAAAAUUUUACAAAAGAAGGUCAUAGAUGAAGUAGAACAUACACUUGCGGAAAAUCGUGUUCUUCACAACUGCAAGCACCCUUUUCUGACGCGCUUGGAAGCUAGCUUUCAAACUCGACAUCACCUGUGCUAUGUGCUGGAGUUCGCUAACGGCGGAGAGCUAUUUUUUCAUUUGCGGCAGAAUAAAACUUUUAGUGAGUCACGUACACGUUAUUAUGGGGCAGAAAUACUUUUAGCUUUGGAAUACCUACAUGAUCGAAAUAUAGUUUACCGUGACAUGAAAUUAGAAAAUCUUCUUUUGGACAAAGACGGUCAUAUAAAACUUGCCGACUUUGGGCUAUGUAAGGAAGGGAUAAAAUUCGGCGAUACAACCGUUACUUUUUGCGGAACGCCUGAAUAUUUGGCUCCAGACAUUCUUUUUAACUACAAAUAUGGACGGGCUGUCGACUGGUGGGGGCUUGGUGUUGUCAUGUACGAAAUGGUAUGCGGUAGACUCCCUUUCUUCUCCCACGACCAUGAGAAGUUGUUUCACGCUAUAAUGUAUGCCCGUCCGCGGUAUCCAUCUAGACUCUCGCGAGAGACGCAUGAUCUUUUUGAAAGGCUCCUCGAAAAAGACUCACAUAAAAGACUAGGCGGCGGACCUGAUGAUGCCAGGGAAGUAAAAGCGCACUGUUUUUUUCGGGGUGUAGAUUGGGAUAGGCUUUUUAGAAAGGAGUAUCCUCCUCCAUUUCGCCCACUUGUCACAUCAGAAACUGAUACGUCGUAUUUUGAUGAGGAAUUCACCAGUGCACCGGUUCAACUUACUCCACCAGCGUCGAAGAAAGGGCCGCUUGAAAUGGACACUGAUGUAGAUGAUUUUGACGACUCAGCUUUUGAUCAGUUUCCAUUUUGCGAAGAUUCUGCGCGUUUUACUCGUAAUUCAGUCAAGUCAGGAGAGGUGGAGUAG